UGAGCGCGUGCGUGCGUGGCAUGUCCCGCCCUGCCAUCCGUAGGAAACACACACUGCUCAGCUUUUCUUUAGUGUUUCGUGUGUGUGUGUGUGUGUGCGCGUGUGUGAGCUCAUAAUAUUCAUCUGCUGUGGGUACAGAGGGAGGGACGGACAGAAACCUCGGUUGGCGACAGAAACCAAUCAGAGCGACACAUUACCGAAGACAUCGAUCGGGAUUUAUUUAUCUGACGGAAACCGCCAUCAGUCUGUCAAACAAUAACCUUCAGAAACCCCAGAGAAACAUUAAGCGCCGACGACAUGGCUGAUUUUAGUAUUGAUCAGAACAACCUGCCUGGCGUAAAAGAGGUGUGCCGGGACUUUGCCGUGCUAGAAGAUCACUGUCUGGCCCACAAUCUUCAGGAACAAGAAAUCGAGAGCCACCUGGCCUCGAACGUCCACAAGAGCCGUCUGGUGCAGCAGGACCUGCAGGUGGCCAAACGUCUGCAGGAGGAAGAGGACCUGAGGGCCAAAGCCGAGAGCCAGAGACAGCAUCGCCGCAUGGAACGCAUCGACAUUGAAAUAGCUCAGGAGAUUCAAGAACAACUAGUCCGGCAGGCUGAACAACAGAGGCAGCAGGAAGAGAAAGAUGAGGCCAUCGCCCGUAAGCUGCAGGAGCGAGAGAUGAAAGAAGAGAGAAAACGGCAAAAACAUUUGGAAGCAAACUUUGAAGAGGAGUACUAUGAAGACAAAGCCUCCAAGAACCUCCCGCACAAUCCAGACUUGCAAGAACCGCAUCCCCAUUCCACUUCUCCAGGUUACAGAAAAGAGAAGCAUCACAACUACAAUCAGAUUCUUUCCCCGUACAACUCUCCUGAGCCAGACAGAAAAAGAUUACCCAAUGCCGAUAAUCGUUAUCCAGAAUAUGAGCCCGUUGAACUUGGCCGAUCUAAGCAUUCAGAGAUUCCAAGCAAGGGAAGGAUCCUUGAGUACUACUCACCUGAGCGACGACCGAAGUACCCGGAAAAUUACUCGAAAGAGAGAAACAGACCUCUCGAUCUUGAUUACACAGAACCUCGUAGAAAAAAGAAGCAAGAUCAAUGGGGCGACCUAGAGCCUGUGGUGCGGCGGAAGGAGAAACCUCCCAGGGAUUACUCUGCCGGCCAGGACAGGGUUUGGGACAAAGAGAGAAUCAGGGAUCGAGAACCAGAAAGGGAUGGACAGAGAUCCAAGGACAGGCCAAGAGAUCGAAACCGGACAAGAAGUCAAGAAAGACUGCUUAGCGGAGAUGUCAAGCAGGUUGACAGGGGUAGAAACAUGGACAGGGAGAUGGACAGAAAUGGCUAUGGACACGGUAGCAGAGAUAGACAAAGAGAACGAGGCAGAGAUGGGAAUAGAGUGAGGCACAAAAGCAGAGAGCAAGACCUGGACAAUUACAGUCCCACCCCAACUAGAGGAUUGUCAGAAGACAGCCUGGAGUGGGUGGAUCUCAAGAGCAGGCCGAGGCUCCCCUCAGGCCCUAAUGAGGUGUUUGAGGAGCCCACUCUCAGAAUCCCAUCAAAUGAGGGCCGGUCUCCUGGCCAUUCACCCAGAGAGAGAGGCCGGAAGGUUCGAGGAGAGUAUGGCAUGAAGGAAGCAACGCACGGAUUGGCCCACUUAGACCUACAAGACCAGGAGCUCAAAGACAUGGAGGUGGCACGCAAGCUACAGGAAGAAGAGAUUAAGGCGAGUCAAAUUGAGAAACGAGCCGCUCAAGUUGCUCAAGAUGAGGAAUUAGCCCGACGGCUAUUGGAGGAAGAGAAAAGGGAGUAUAAGAGAUCGAAAGAGAAGGAGAAACAAGUAAUAGAGAGAAGACGACCCGAGUUGGAAUACAAGCCAGUACAAGAAGAUGUAGUACGACCACGAAUGCGAGAAGAGGUGCGUAGCAGAGAGGACGAGUAUCAGAGAGCACGGAACCACAAACCUGUGAGGCCUCCCCCUCCUACACAGCACUACGAGAACAUAAACCCUAGCUAUGCUUACGUGGAGAGCCCGUACUCCCCUCGCCCUCCAUCAAGACCAGAAGCGGCGUACAAAGGUGCCUACUACAGACAGUGACCAUAAGCCUCCAUUGCUGUCCCAUCAUGAGUCCGUUCGGCCCUUUACUUUGUGAAUCAAUAGAGGAAGUUAUUCUGAAACUACUUUGAGUUCAUGAGGCUUUCGGCAGAUGCUACUGACACUUUAAUUUUAUUUUUCCUCCAAGUUUCUCGGCUCAUCACAUCAGAUGAGCCGUUGUCGUCUCUUCGUGUUGUGAAUGAGUCUUUUACCCUGGAGUUAUCAACUACUGGGCGACAGGGGUGGUUCCUGUUUGCUUCUCAUGUUCUUGUCUCAUUGUGGAUGACUGGACAGGAAGGGAUCUACUGCACAGCUCUUUUGAAUAUCCCUUUUCUUUUCAUCCCUCUUGGCAUCUAUAUUCAAGCCUGGUCUUGAUUCCAUGUUGCAUUGCCAAUCAGGAUAGAGCAGAAUUUUUUUUUUUAUUUAAUUUAAUGGAAAACAUAUGCUUGAAUUGUGCUAUAUAUUUAUUGAUUUAUUUUGAGAGGAUAUAUUUUAUUUUUUAAUUCGUAUUAUAUUGUUUUACCCCUAUCCGAAGAGACUGUUAGCAUAAACCGAAGUGAUCGAAUUUCUGGAGAACUAUUUAAUGCAAAAUUCCAGCCCUGCUCUAACACAUCUGAACAUCUUGAUAAGCAGGUUCAGUCUUCAAACCAAUUAAAUAUCAAGGUGAGGUUGUCAGUGCUUCUUCAUUUGCCCUCCAUAUCAUUUGUGAGAAACUCGUCACGCACACUGUCGGCUCACGUACAGCUAGGGUUCGAGACGCUCGGCCUUCGGGUGCCUUUGUUAUAAUGAUAUUUCCUGCAGUGUCUAUAGCGAUUAUCUCAUCUACUUUGUAGGUGCUGCUAAUAUGCUCCAAUGUUCAAAUGCAUGCUUGGCUGAAUGUGAACUCUAUGGGGUCUAUAUGAAUCUUGUCGUCCGGAAACAAAAAAAAAAAAAAAAAAAAAAAAGGGCCAAAAAACCUCUCUACUUCUAAUUUUUUUUAUUUUUAUAUAUUUUUAUUUAUGAUUCAAUAAAAAUACACAUUUUAAGGCAUGUGGUAGCAACAGAUAUAAACAGUUUUCUUGCUUGCAUCAUCAUGUGCAAUUCAUGUUAAUAUCUCAGUGUUCAUAUUUACAGUGCUUUGCAUUUGAUGGCAAACUUACUUUAAGCAGGGACAUUAAAAACUGACCAGCAAACAAGUGUGACUAUGGCAACGUUUAUCUGGCACUUUCCACAAAUAGCGUAUGAAAUGGGGCUUUAAAAAAAAAAUGUUUUGUGGGGUUUUGUUUGUCUGUUUUAUCAGUGAAAAGAUGAACCUCCAGUAGUUUUUUUGCUUUUUUUUUUUACUUGUUUGUUUUUCUGCAAAGGAUCAAUGAAAAGAUGAACCUUCAGAAGUUUUGUUUUGCUUUGUUUUACUUUGGUUUUUGUUUGUUUUUUUGUUUAGCAGUUUAAGCAAACGUGCCACCACAGUUUAGGACUUGUGUAUAUUAUACACACAUUAACUGCUAACCUUGUUGCAAGUUUAGCUUAAAUUAAUCUAUCAUUCAGUUAGAGCAGGCUAGUUUGGGACCAAAUGUUGCAUUUUUGGUCAUUAAAAUAGGUUUAACAGUAUUAUGUUGAUGUGAUAUCAAACAAAAUAAUACUAGUUGUGUGGAAAAUACUUCAGAAAAUCUAAUAGCUCUCUGUUAAGACUAUGGGAUUUGUGCAUAUAUUUCAGAGAAAAUGACCAAUUUUGUACCCUAUUCAUGGAAAGUGCUAUUCAGGGCAUUCUUUUUUCCUUCCUGAUCAAUUAUUGCUUACAUUCCAUAUCCCUGUCAAAAUGUGUUCUAAAGGAAUUAUAUUCUGCUGCGCUUUUGGGAAUGGGAAUAUGAUUGUGCGGGCUACAUGUAGCAUCCUGUACAGAUCCAACUUAAGACAGCAGCUACUUUUGUAUCGCAUUAGUGCCUCUUUAAGACCAGUGUUCGAUCGCUAGUGCUGAACGCUCUCGUGUUAAUAUCUUAAAAAUGACAAUAUGCUAGUUUGUGUUGGUGCAUUCCAAUGAAAGGCAUGGCCUGAAAUGUGUCCAAUAAACUUUUAGGGAAAAUAUCUUAUGUUGCCAUCCAUGUGGCUAUAGGCUUACAAGGUGAUUAAGAACAUUUUCUGUAAAUUGUAUUACUGAAUCAGUUUUGAAUCACUUUAUGUGUGUGUGUUUUAGUGAUGAAUGUGCAUAUAUAUCUCUCUCUUUCAGUGCUGUGUCAAUCUAGCGCAUAUCACAGUGCGCUGUAGUAUUUGAAAAGAACAUUUUGUGUUACAAUUCUGAUACUAAUUGGCUGGAUUGGCCUGUGCCAAAUGUUCAACAUUCAGGGAUUUAAAAAAGUAUUGCUGUAAAACUGACAAUAUCCAAUGGUCAUCUGUUUGAUCUGGGGGGAAAAAAUUCUGGUUUACGAAAGUUGUGCAAACUGAACUUUUCACACCUGUUAUGCCACUGUAAAUGUUCGUGUAUGUGUGUGACUGAGUGACAGACUUUAGAAUUUUUCACUCAAUGUAUGGAGAAGAAGAAGUUCAUGCCAGUUUCUUUUACAAUCAGCUGGUGCUGGAAACGUUUUGUGACCGGCGAAAGUGUUUGUAUCUUGCACAUUCUCAUAGCUUCCACUGGCCAACUGUAAAUACCAAAUAAAUUACUUUUAAAGGGUA